UUACACUCUCCAUCAGACGAAAGCUAGCUAAGCCCUAAGAGAACAAAAUAAUGGGUACUUUGGGAAGCGAGGUGAAAACUUCGUCGUUCAUGAGCGAUUUUCUGGAGAAGUGCGGUGGCUGCGCCGUUCUGGACGGCGGGUUCGCGACGGAGCUCGAACGACAUGGAGCUGAUCUCAAUGAUCCUCUCUGGAGCGCCAAAUGCCUCAUCAGUUCUCCUCACCUCGUCCGAAGGGUGCAUUUGGACUACCUCGAUGCCGGAGCAAACAUCAUAAUCACCGCAUCAUAUCAGGCUACAAUUCAGGGUUUUGAGGCGAAAGGUUUCUCAAGAGAAGAAGCCAAAGCCCUGCUGAGGAAAAGUGUCGAAAUUGCAAUCGAGGCACGAGAAAUCUACUAUGACAAAUGCACCAAAGGUUCUUGGGGUUUUGUGGACACUGGAAAGCCUUCAAGACAUUCUGUUCUAGUUGCAGCAUCUGUCGGAAGCUAUGGAGCCUAUUUGGCUGAUGGUUCCGAGUAUAGUGGCAACUAUGGCGAUGCAGUGAGUCUAGAAACACUGAAAGAUUUCCACAGGGAAAGGGUUCAGAUUCUGGCCAACUCUGGUGCUGAUCUAAUUGCAUUUGAGACGAUACCGAAUAAGCUAGAGGCAAAGGCAUAUGCUGAACUUCUUGAGGAAGAAGCAAUAGAUAUUCCAGCAUGGUUUACUUUUGCUUCUAAAGAUGGAAUCAAUGUGGUGAGUGGUGAUGCCAUCUUUGAGUGUGCCUCUAUUACUAAUGCAUGCAAGCAAGUUGUUGCUGUUGGAAUCAACUGCACACCGCCUAGAUUUGUCCAGGGGCUGAUCUCAUCAAUGCGGAAGGUAACAAGCAAGCCAAUUGUAAUAUACCCCAACAGUGGUGAGACCUAUGAUGGCCAGAGAAAGCAAUGGGUGCCAUCAACUGGGCGGGUUGACGAGGAGUUUGCAGACAUAGUCAUAGAGAAGUGGCUUGAGGCUGGGGCUUCCCUGUUUGGAGGCUGCUGCAGAACAACUCCAAAUACCAUCAGGGCAAUAUCGAAGGCUCUUUCUAAUAAGGCUUCUGCAGUUACUGAUGCUUAGUAAGUUGUGAAAAUGAGAUGUAAAUAUAUGUAUUCUGAUGCUAAGAAUAAGAGCAUGCAUAUGUCCUUUUCAUUUCCUUGUUUUGUAACUCGAGGGGAGCUGAGCAAGUAGCCAACCUUUCACCAUGCAGCUUAUGCUAAAUGGUGAUUUGGUGAUGUUUUUAGUUUUUACAUCGUAUAACACUUCUUCUUACUUUCCGAGGGAAAUAACUGCGCUUUUGACGUUUCUAAUAUUA